GAGGGGAGAGGAGACGAAGGCGGGCUGGAGUUAACCGAAUGGAGUGCUUAGUCCAGGCUUGCCUCUGAAAUAGCGAGACUAGUAGGUGGGGGAAGGGGGAAGGCAGUUCUGCAUAGGAACUAAACACUGAUUUGUGGGAAACAGAGGGAUCUAGUGAUUGUCAGGUAGUGACUGGAUCUAGGAAUUAUCUUGCUGCCCAACUUCUGGCCUGGAAAACUUGAACCUGAAAGAACAGCCUUUUCCCAAUCUGGAGCCGUCUGUUACAUGACAACUCCCGUCGUCCCCAGUCAAGCAUAUCCGGAGGGCUCUAGAUAUGCUGGAGGCAUUGGAAGUGUUUUCUCUUUUUCUCUUCUCUACCCCCCUUUUAAGAUUCAGAUCGAAGCAUAAUGGUUAUGCCUUUGAUGCAGCCAGGUCCUGUGUGAAUUUACUCAAAAGUCAGUGCUGGGUUUCAGAAAUGAGAUGUUGCAAUAGGAUUAUGCAGAAUGGUGGAUCAGGAAACAGUAUGCUUACAAACUGACUUUCUUGAAAACUGUACCUAGUUUAGCAUUGACUUUAUGUGGGCAUGGUUUGCAAUUUAAAAGCCAGGAAGGUAAUAUUUAUGUUUUGAAGUGUAGGUAGUUUUUGCAGUUUUGUCGAGUGAAAAAGGAGCAAGUCUGCUUUGUCAGACCAGCUGUGGAAAAUACCCUUUUGGUCUUCUAAAUACAUGGUCUGUGCAAGACCAGCUACAAGAGUUCAUUUGCAGAAAGCAGAAAUUAGAGGAACAUAAUCUGUUGUUAUUAUGUUUAAGCACUAAUGUAAAUCAAGGUCCUUACUAUGCUUUUUAGUUGUAUCAUGUGUUCUGGUGCAGUUCUAAUCCACAGAAAGUUAUGCCACAUAAUAAAGCAGGUUAGUUUUUAAGGUGCUGUAGGAGUCUCUUCUUUGACUAAUUUUGUCACACUGAAUAGUGUCUUGACUGAUUCUGCUUUAUUCAUAGAAACAUAGACUAGCAGAGUUGAAAGGGGUCAGAGGGCUGUUGGGUCCAACUCCCUGCCUAGUGCAGGACUCCCAAGUUAAACCAUCAUUCUCAGAUUGCUGUCCAUUGUAUCUUGAAUCUCCCUAGUGUGGGAGAGCCUGCAGCCUCGAAGUAAUUGGUUCCAUUGUCAUACUGCUCUAAUAAUCAAGAUUUUUUUCCUGCUUUCUAGCUGGAAUCUGGCUUCCUGUAACUUGAGCCCAUUAUAGCAUGUCCUGCACUCUAAAAUGAUUGAGAAUUCCUUCCUCUUUGUGACAACCUUUCAGUUACUUGGAUAGUGCGAUCAUAUCUUCCCGCAGCCUUCUUGAAGCUUCCACUGGUGCAGAGUAUAUUCUAGUUCAUUUAGCUUUUCUGCACCUGGCAGCCUUUUCCAGGGAGUUUCCUCCUCGUUUUCACUUUCCUCAGAAUUAUACUUUUCAGCCUCAGCUUGCUGCUGCUCUUCUAGCUUCUGUACUGCCCUGAGCUGUUCCAGUCUGUCUAAACAUGCUUCAUCUUCCUUUAUUACUCACUGCUCUAGUGCUCUCACCUUUUCUUCUGACAGGGCUACCAGCUUGCACCUGUUGCACAUGUAGGCCAUGUUGACCUCAGGCAAGAAAACUAUUUAUUUAGCCUUGUUAAGACUGCAUCCCAAACGAUCUUACUAGAGAUUCUAGCCUUGGUUUUCUUCAAGAGCAGUUUCUCACAAGAAUGAGGCUAGUCAUACUGGACAAUUAUGAUCUGGCUAGUGAAUGGGCUGCCAAAUACAUCUGCAACCGCAUCAUCCAGUUCAAGCCAAAUGAAAACAGGUAUUUUACUCUUGGCUUACCAACAGGAAGUACACCUCUGGGAUGCUACCAGAAAUUGAUAGAAUAUCACAAAAAAGGAGAUCUCUCUUUCAAAUACGUGAAGACAUUCAAUAUGGACGAAUAUGUAGGGCUUCCCAGAAGUCAUCCAGAGAGCUAUCAUUCUUACAUGUGGAACAAUUUUUUUAAACACAUUGAUAUAGAUCCAAACAACGCUCAUAUUCUUGAUGGAAAUGCUCCAGACCUAAAGGCAGAGUGUGAUGCAUUUGAACAAAAGAUAGAAGAAGCUGGUGGAAUCGAUCUAUUUGUUGGAGGUAUCGGUCCAGAUGGGCACAUAGCUUUCAACGAACCAGGGUCAAGUCUGGUAUCAAGAACAAGACUGAAGACAUUGGCAAUGGACACUAUACUAGCAAAUGCAAAGUACUUCAAUGGAGACUUAUCAAAAGUUCCAACUAUGGCAUUAACAGUUGGUGUGGGGACAGUGAUGGAUGCCAGAGAAGUGAUGAUUCUAAUCACUGGUGCACACAAAGCUUUUGCCUUGUACAAAGCAAUUGAAGAUGGGGUCAAUCAUAUGUGGACGGUAUCUGCUUUCCAGCAACAUCCUCACACUAUCUUUGUAUGCGAUGAAGAUGCUACUUUAGAACUAAGAGUUAAAACGGUGAAGUAUUUUAAAGGUUUAAUGCAUGUGCACAAUAAACUGGUGGACCCGUUGCACAGUAUGAAAGAGCAAAACUGAAGAACACCAGCAAUGACUUCACUUGGAUGACCCUGGCAGUAUUUUUAGGUAGCAGCUGAAUCCACUGCUGCACAAUAUGCUGAGAGCUGGCUCUGAGGGAGACUCUUAAGGACUGUGGGGGUUGUCUUAUUUUUCCUAAUGGUCCAAAUGUAUACACAUUCCUCUUAGUGCUGUUACAAGCUUUAUUCUCUGCUUUUCUGCCUGUUACACAGUGGAUGCCCUUGAAAACCAGUGGAUCAGUUCUGACUUGAGGGAGUAGCUAAAGACAAGCUGUCCACAGGGAGAAAAAAAGUGUUCUGUAACUCAAAUAUAAAAACAUCUCUCUUUUUUUGUCUCAAGGAUUUUUUGUCUAUAGACUUGUGUAAUGUUAUGAACUGAUAAGUGGGCACUUUACUAUCAAAUGUUUACACAUGUACAACUGUGUCACACUUAAACCUCGACAGUUAGUUGCCUUAAAAUUUAUGCCUGGUUAUCUACCGGAUACAGAAUCAAUGCCAGUAAGGUUGAAGAUAGUACCUGUCUUACAGGUGACGGUUUCAGUAGCAUCUUGAUCGCUUCUGGGAAGGUAGCUGUGUCAGUCAAUUGCAGUAAAUGCAGCUUUGUGGUGAGUCAGUUGCAUUUUCAAGAUUUUGACAGCUCUGUGCUGUAUGUUUAACUUUCCACUACAGCACUCGCUUUUACUUUCGUUACAUGAUUUGAGCUUAUGUUUUGAAGGAGUUGCUAUCGUUAAUCCUGCAAAGGGAUGUGUGUGGGGGGGGGAGGGUAGAUUCUACACAUUUUGAAUGCCAAUACAACAAUUAAAUCCCCAUUGUAUUAAGUCUCGAGUAAAAAUGCCGUACAAGUAAAGCUUAACAUAACCUAGCUACAUUGUCUAUCAUUCAUUUUUCAGUGGUUAACUAGAUUUACAAAGACAGGUUGUUUACACUGGGAUGGCUACGGCUGGUGCACCGUGCCAGUUUCUAGAAGGCAAGAAGUCAAAAUGGUCACACAACAUACAACCUCUUUACAUGAAUGGCUAUGUACAUCUGUUCCUUUUCUGGCCACUUGUAUGCCCACUGCAGGAUUUUUAAAAUGUUUACCACAGGUGAGAAAUAAACAUGCAUACGUACCACUUCUCUACUGAAGAAGAACCAUAGCUUAAUUGUUGAGUCCAAGUCUUGCCUUUCUUCUAGGACUUGGAUCUAGUCCAAGACGUAUCUAGUUAAAGGAUUCCUGUGUAUUCCUCUGUCAGAGGCGUCUUAGUUGAUUGGUCUAGCAGGAAAUGUUGAGACACCUUUGACAAAAUGGCCAACAAUGGCUCUUGUGCUGAGCUCCCCACCAUAAAUGGAUUGUCUUGUCUGGGUUCAGCAAUCAUGGUAGGCAGAAAGCAUAAUACAAACUGUUCUCUUAGCAUGCUUUCUGAGGACCAAACUUGCCUUGCUAUAAUACCAUGACAGGUUUUGGGCAACAUGACAGAUGAUAACCCAACGUGGCUUCUUGUGUUGUGUGAACCCCAUCAUUGUGGAAGGUGAAAGGCCUGUUAAUAUACCAAAGCUUUCUUGUGUGUUCAAAUGGUCAUAACCCUGAUGCUGCAAACAUGCUAAUGAAAAGUAAUUCUUGAUAUGUUCUUUCUAAAGAGAUAAAACCAGCAUUUGUUUCCAAGUUUCUACUCUUGUUUCUCAAGCAGAGAAGCUAGGAGAACCCAUACAAAUAUGCUGAGGCCAUCACCAUUUUCCACCCAGAUGUUUUUGACUGCAAAUCUAUUCUGUUGAACAAGCAUGACUAAUGACAAUUGCUUCAGAGGGCACAAGAUUGCAGAAAGUAGGCUUCUGUCAAGCCAGAAUGUUGCAUCUCUGGCUGUAGAUCAUGUUUUCAACAAUGUUGAUGCUAGCUUAUUUCCUGUCUUUGGCGUAAAGAUCUUGUCAUUUUUGCUGGAGUCAGUCAGAAGCAUUGUACCAGAAUGACUCCAUGCACCUUCCAAACUGUGUAUCCCAUCCAACUGUAUAUCUCAUCAUCAUCUUGAGGUGCUGCUGGUUGGCACAUCGGCCAAGGUCCUCUCAGUAGUGUUAAGGAGGUUAUGGAAUAAAUUGCCGCAGGGCAUCCAGUUAGCCUUGGCCCUAUCUUCAUCUGUAGAUGUCAGCUAAGCUUUUUCUUUGAAUGUGCUAUCCUGUAAUACAACUUGACUUUAUAGCUGCUGUAUGUUCUUUGGCUUGGAAUCCAAAUUCCUUUCCAGAAAAGGAACAGAGUUAUGUACAGAGAAUGAGGCUUUCAAGCCUUUGGGGCCCUGUGAAACAUGAUGUGGAAUUGACAGAUUAACAAUCCCCUUGCCCAGAUAAAAGAACAGCUUAGGAACUUACUCACUGGUUUUGAUCUAUUGCUUAGUAUGGCUGACAGUGAGAUAUAAA